UCUGUUAGGCUGCAUGACAGACAUACCUAAAAGCAGGGUCAGACAGUUAGUUAUGCAGCCGUUAAACUGUGUAAUCUUCCUGCUUGGGCUGGCCAUCCUAUCGGUAACAUUUGGACCCUUUGUCACCAUUGCACAUAGAGAACUGAUGAUGGCAACUUACAGUGAGAAAGGCCCAGAAAACAAGCUGGAUCAUGGUGUAGAUGAAACCAGAACAUAUGAGGAGAUCAAAAGCAAAAUAUUUGCAGGACGGAAGAUGGCUUUUGGAGUUGCAGUCAUGGAGAACCACCCAAAGGAUGCUAGAAGCAAACCAAGCUCAGGAGAGAUUAGCAACUACUCAUCCAACUCACGUGUACCUUCAAGCUUAAAGGAUAGUAGCAGCUCGACGAUGAAGGCAAGACCAUCCGUGGACAACAUAAAACUAGAAGGAAGCACAUCUGAGCAGACACUGAACAUACCAAAUCCCCAACAUAUCAUAAUACUGCCAUUCAAGCCUUAUUACAGGCAUCUGAGUUUGGGCUCCAAAAAAGAACAAAAAGGUUCGAGUAUUUGCUGCAACUCAUAUAGAACUAAUGAAGACUGGAAGGAGAAAAUGCUGGAGUCCAGAGAUGAAGUUCUCAGAUUGCUUAACAAGGAUUACCAUGCCAACCCCCAUAGGAGGCCACCAGUUCAUAACUAAGAAAGGGCAAGGCACUCAAGCCUGAGUCAUGUAUUAUGGCCCAAACUAAUGUCUGGUGGUGUCUCACUAUAACUGUAUGAUGUUUUGCUUUGUAAUGUAUCAUAAGGAAUAAAACAAUUGGGCCACU